UAACAGCAACAGUGCGGGUACCAGAAGAAGCAAAAGAAACAUUUGCUUCUGGUUCUCAACUCUUUUCAUUGCCUUAAUAUCCGUUCUAUUGGCUCUCAAUUCUUUCCAUUCCCCUGGUAGUAGCAUACAAAGAGCCACAAACAUUGCUAAUAUGGUGGUUAAGUUAGCUGGUAUUGAAGAGUUUUUUUCACUUGUAAGAAACACUACUCCAUCUAGACACCAUGGUUCGCAUCAUCAUCAUCGUCAUCACCGAAGCCGUACAACUAAAUGCGGUAAUACUCAAUGGAAGAAAACGAGUCUCAUGGUUGAUUAUGAUGUGUCACUUGUGUUGACUGUCAAUUUGAAUGGUUGUGGGAAUUUUACUAGUGUCCAAAAAGCAGUUGAUGCUGUUCCUGAUAAUAGCCCGACUCGAACGCUUAUUAUUGUUGAUUCUGGCGUUUACAGGGAGAAGGUGGUUAUCCCAAUUAAGAAAACGAAUUUGAUACUUCAAGGUAAAGAUUAUCGCAACACAUCCAUUGCUUGGAAUGACACUGCAAACUCCACUGGAGGGACAAUUUAUAGUUCCACAUUUGCCAUCUAUUCUUCAAACUUCACAGCUUAUAAUAUCAGCUUUCAGAAUACAGCUCCACCUCCGGAUCCUGGCGUUGCUGGGGCUCAAGCAUUAGCUAUCAAGGUAUCAGGAGAUCAAGCUGCAUUUUACGGCUGUGGGUUUUAUGGUGCACAAGACACACUUUAUGACGAUCAAGGAAAGCAUUAUUUUAAAGAAUGUUUCAUUCAAGGAUCAAUUGAUUUCAUUUUUGGUAAUGCUAGAUCACUCUAUGAGGAUUGUACUAUCAACUCAAUAGCAAAGGAAGUUCCAGAUGGUAUAAGUGGAUCUAUUACAGCUCAAGGAAGGCAAACAUUGACAGAAAAAUCAGGUUUUUCAUUUGUGAACUGUAAGAUUGGCGGGGCAGGAAAGGUUUGGCUGGGAAGAGCUUGGGGUCCGUAUGCUUCCGUUGUCUUUGCUAAAUCAUAUAUGUCAGACGUUGUAUACUCCGGUGGAUGGAAUGAUUGGAACGAUCCUUCUAGAGACGAGACUGUUUUCUUUGGAGAAUACGAAUGCUUUGGUCCAGGAUCGAACUUCUCUUCUAGAGUUGCAUAUAGUAAACAACUGACUCAAUCCGAAGUGAAUCCAUUUUUGGAUGUUUCGUACAUCCAAGGAAAUGACUGGCUUCUUCUUGGGCGCCAUGGGAAAAACUCAUAUAUCAAUGAAACAAACACUGUAUUGGCUUCUUCUUAAUUGUACGAGUUGUUGGGUGUGUUUUAACUGUACUAGUUUAUCACCCGUGCGAUGCACGGGUCUGUUCAUUGAUUUUGGAAUAUCAAAUGCGCUUUUUAUACUAUAUAAUAUCAUAAAAAGGGGUAACA